GUUGAGAUUGCCACGAUAUCGACUCCCUCUCAACCUUUCCCCCCAGUCCUGGUUUCGGUGGAGAACGUAUAGCAUACCGUGAGCUGUACUCGCGCACCAUCUUUCAUUUAUCUUCUUCAAAUCAUAUACCCCUUACUUUUAUCAUGAACUUCCCCGGGACGGGCGGGUCCUCUGCCGCAGGCAUGACCGGCUUUGGUGGCUUAGGAGGCGGAAAUACGGCUGGAAUGAACGAGCAGGAGCAGGCUAUGGUUAAGAUGAUGCAAAACGCGAUGGAAUCAUGUCCCCUCAAAACCGUCAUCUCCGGAACAAUGGGUUUCGGUCUCGGUGGUGUUUUCGGUCUGUUCAUGGCUAGUAUGUCCUACGACUCCUCCUUCACCCCGCAAGGCAAAGCCAUCUCCGACCUCCCCUGGCGGCAACAAGUCCGCACCGGCUUCAAGGACAUGGGAUCGCGCUCGUGGUCAUCAGCCAAGAACUUCGGCAUUGUCGGCGCGCUUUAUUCCGGAACAGAAUGCUGCAUCGAGGGCCUCCGCGCCAAGAACGAUCUCACGAACUCCGUCACGGCAGGAUGCAUCACCGGUGGAAUCCUAGGAGCCAAGGCUGGUCCGCAGGCUGCGGCCUUUGGAUGCGCCGGUUUUGCGGCGUUCUCUGCGGCUAUUGAUGCUUACAUGCGCAUGCCCGAGUCUGAUGAUUAAUGAGUAAGAUUACUCUUGUCUUACUCUGGUGGUAAUAUGGAAUGAGCUGGGGAUGUGGAUUUGUUAGAAUCGCGUAUUCCUUGCAAAGGCGUUUGGGAUAGAUGGGUUGCAUAUAUGCGUGGCGUUUGAUGCUUUUGGGUUUUGUGGGUUACGACUCGCUGCUCCCUGUAUAAUACCUACUGUAUAGAUUAGAUAUGUAUGAUCUAUGAUUGCAA